AUUUCGGCAAAAUGUCGGCAAAGGUCGUUCUGCGCUACUUCGACUGCCAGGCUCGAGGUGAACCGCUGAGAAUAAUGCUGGUCGACUCGGGGAUAGAUUUCGUCGACGAUCGCGUUGGUGGCACGUUCGAAGACAAGAAGAAAGUCUUGCAAGAUCCCAACAGAGGCGGCCCAUUCAAGUCGCUACCCAUCCUUCACUGGGACUCGUUUAUGACCCCUGGUUGUGAAGCAAUCGCCUCCUACCUCGGCCACAAGUUGGGCUACGUGGCAGACGGGAGUCUGGAAUCCAAGGCUUUGAGCGCUGCUCUCUGUGCCUGUGGAUUGGAGGAUAUCAUCAAACCCUCGUUUGAAUUUUUAUGCCUUGGAGGGUUUUCUACGGCAAAGACCAUCGAAGAGGAUUUUGCUGCAUGUUUUUCGAAUCUUCGACGACGAAUCGAACCACUUGAACAAUUUCUCGGAAAGCAGACGUUCUUCCUUGGUGACGAACUGUGUCCUGGCGAUUUCUUUGUAUACACGGCGUGUGAGUUUGCGCGGAAGAUAUUUGGAGAGAAGCUGCUGGAGGGGUGCGAUCAGUUGAAGAAUUUCCUACAGCGAAUGUCCGAGCGUCCACACAUCCAACAAUAUUUGAAAUCGGGACGACAGUCACCACUGCUGUGUGGUAGUAUUCGAGAAGAUGAAGUAGUUCAGAAGACCAGGCACCUUUUGUAGUUUGUUUAAAUUAUUUGUUGCAACAAAUUUGCUGCUGUUGGUAGGGUAGCGUGUCUAGGUGGUCUGCUACUUUGUGUACUAUCUGCUCCUCACUGUCUAAAAUCUGUGCACUGAA